AACUACUACGUGAUGUGGUUCAGCCCAACACUCUCCUGAUGGUGAUCGUGCUCGAGAAGGAACUUGCUGCCAUCUCCAUGCGACCAGGGGACGAUAAGAGUAAGGCCGAAGUGACCUUUGGACCAACCAGCUGCCGUGCUAAGCUUGGGAAGAAGGUGCUGUGGAGUCUGGAAGAGGAGACCAGCUGCAUCAAGGACCUGUGGCAGCUGCCCAUCAUCCCUUGGAAUGGGAAGACUCCAACAGCAGCAACGGCAGCAGUGGCAAAGGCAACAGCAGGAGGAGAUGCAACUGCACCAACUGAUGGGGUCCUGGAAGCAGUCAAGAAAGUGCAGAAGCAGCAGACACAUGAUUCUUGAACUUUGAUUGAACUCUUGAGAUUGAGUUAA